UGUCCUGUCUGCACCCACCCUGGGCACCGGGUCACACCUGCGUCUACCUCCAGGCUUCCAGUUGCACCCCCUUCUCCCCCAGCACCCAGCUGCCCCGCUUUUCUCCCCAUCAUGGUGGUGUGCAUGUGAUGGGAGGCAGCAGACAUGGGCGUGGGAGAGGGGGCUGUCCCCAGAGCAGAGGGGAGCACAUGCAUGCAGAACCGCGUAUCCAUGGACAGGAGGGGGGGCAAAGGACACGUGCAUUGGGCGGGAGGGGUGGUGAGCACAGACUGCCCCCCCAAGCCCCUGCUGCCCCCCAGCUCCAGCUAGUGACUCCCUGAGGGAAGUGGGUGGUGGGGGGUUCUCAUGCCUCUCUGUGAGCCUCCCACUGCUGCCCCCCAGGUGUGGAUGAGCUCAGGACCCCCAGCCAACUGCAUCUGGGAGGUAACCGGGAGCCAUCAGCUACUCCAGGCUGUGGCCCAAGGGGGGCAAAUCCACUCCCCAAACUGGAACUGCCCCCCACCGCCCCCCACACACACACUGGAGCCCUCCACAGUGCCAGCAGGCCCAGGGCUGGGGUCCAUUAACACAAGAGAGUGGAGGCUGGAUGUGGAGCUGGAUCCUGAGCAGGACAGAAGUAAAGUUUUGUGUUAAAGUGUGUGAACUUUUGGCAAGGCAGGAGUUGAGAGUCCCAGGGGGCGAGGACCAGACCCCCAGGCAUGAGGGCUGGGUGGGCAGUGACUGCAGGGACUCAGAUGUCCAUGUGGGGAGAGUCAUGGGGUGCAGGGACCAGGCCCCGUCACCCCCCUGGUGCAGGCAGGGUUUGGGCUGACUGGGGCACAGCGCUGGUGGCACCUCUGGGGCUGCAGUGGGGUCGCUGCUCUGGGCAGCUGCAGCAUCCCCUGCUCGGGCUCUGCUCCCGGGCCUCACUGCCCCAUGGGGAGGCUGCCCAGUGCCGCGCUGCUCCCGCACAGAGAAGCACCACUCUGGGUAGCAGGAACAACGCAGACCCAGGUCACCCAGCGCAGGUGGAAUGAGAACAAGGCCAUUCUUUAGCAUGCAGGAGCCUACCUGCAGGAGACCUGCAUGGAGUGGCUGCGGCAGUACCUGCAGCACGGGGAGGCAGCGCUGCAGAGCAGUGAGUCCCAGUGUCACCGCCCAGGACAGCACUGACCGGGCACCCCCUCACCCCAGGGAAUGCCUGCCCCAUCCCCCUGUGUCCAGGAUGGCGACCACUGCUUCUUGGUCUUGCUGCUGGGUGAGACCCCAGCACAGCUGUAGGACACGGUGCCUCUGUCCCUGCCCUGGUCAGGCCUCCCAGCUGGGCAGAGCCCACGUGGUGUCUGUGCCCUGGCCACGUGUCUGAGAACCAGAGAUCAGCUGUGUCGAACCCUGUUCCUGCAGCCCUGAGCCCAGCGGAUCCGUGUCUCCCGUCCCCCACGCUCCUUCCCCAACACUGCCUGCUCCUGCCUCAAAUGGGCGCUGGAGCCAAUUUGUGUGGCCCGGUGCAGGGCCCAGCCCGGGCUCCUGGCAGGGGUGCUGAGGGCCCAACAGGGCAGUCACUCUAGCAGGUGUCUCCUCCCUCCCAGAGCGUCCCGUGGCACAGGUGAGCGAGAAGCCAUCAUCCUGGGGCGGACGCACCACCCUAGCCUGCCAGGUCCAUGACUUCUGCCCCAAGGACAUGGCUGCUGUCUGGCUGAAAAAUGGGGAGGUGCAACCCCAGGAGACGAGCCAUGCAGGGGUCCUUCCCAGCAGAGGUGAGACCUACCAGACCUGGGCCACCAUCGAGAUUGCCCCGAGCAGCAACCACAACUACGCCUGCAGCGUGAGGCACGAGAGCCUGGGGGCAGCUCUGAGAGUGGCCUGGGACAAGGGCCGGACGGGCAACGCUAUCCUGGAGCUGUUGAAGGAGAAGGUGAACAAGCAGGCGUGGAGUGUACAUACUUUUUCCUAUCUUCAAGACUGCGAUAUAUUGCACUAUGCAGUUCGAAACCAGGGAUAACACGUCCACGACUGCAUGCCCCCACUCAAUUCCAGGGCAAGAUUUUAUGAGCCCUGUUUCCGCAGAUCCAGGAAAGGCCCGGGAUAAAAAGGGUACUCAAAUCUGGACAGCUGUUGUGCCAUAUACGACACUUUCGAUUGAUAUGCAUCGUAUAGGACGGACCACGUUCGGCUGCUAUCCUGCUGGACCGAGAUAUAUUACAAGAAGUAAAAUUGGAGUGAAUGUCAAAUUCCGAUCUGUUUGCAAUGAGAGCAACAUGAGGUUCCUUAGAAAAGUUGUAGACCAUGAAUCCUGUACAAUUGAGAGAGGGUACUUUACCCAACAGCAUUCCACUGGUGCUAGUAGGGCUAUAAUCUAGAGUAGUUAGGCAAUGAGGGUAGUGUCCUACAGGUGUGGCUUUAUUGUAAGCUCCGGUGUUGUUGGAUCUGUAACAGAAAGACGCCUCUACUCUUGGGGAGAUUAUCCAGAUAGCAGGGGCGGCCCUCCUUUCCUUAGGAGCGGACCGAUGGGCAGCUAACGAGUAGUGUCUAAGGAAGCCGCCGUUAAUUUUUCCCCAUUGCUGGAGGGAUAUUGGCACUCCGAUCAUUGGGAUUCAUUGGUGUAGGUGCGCUGGGCUGUGAGAGCAUAUCCAGCAGUCACUUUUAUUUCCAGCUUGAGCCACCGUAAAGGAGAUCUGCAAGUACAAAUUUUUCUCCCACCCCCCUUGGGUGAUACUAAGAUACCCAGGUGUGAUGUAUCAGGAUAUCAGUGCCAUUUUUAGAGACAGGAGGGACAAAGAAUUUCAACAACAAAUAUAACCAGCACCAGUAAGAGAAAGAACACUAGCAGCCAAACCCAGGAUGGCAGCCAAAGCCUUUCUUUGUCCUCUGGGCUCAGGUUACCUAAAGGACUGAGAAUGUCGGCUCUUGGUCUUGAUCGAGGUGGUGAUCUUCCGAGUGGGAGCUUUACUUUCUUCAAGGCCGAAGAUGAUAUCUUUAUUCUUCAACUGAUGAAUCUGGCUGGGCUGAGGUGUUGGGUUCAGGGGAGAGGUUACUAGCACUUGCACCCUGAUGCUCCUCACUUGCCUGAGUGAGGUCCCGAGGGUCUUUGUCCUUGGCCUCAGGGAAAGGUCCCAACCUGGGUUGGAAUUCAGCUGCUUCGGGGUCCAAUGGAGGUGAUACCUUCUUGCAGUGUGAGGCGUGAGUCCACGUUUGGUGGCCUUGGCAACGAACAGCAGAAUUAGUGGUCAGAAGUACCUGGAAAGGUCCCUUCCAUCUGGGUUGAAGUGCGUUUUUCCAUUGAUAGACCUUUACGUAGACCCAAUCUCCUGCUUUGAGGUUGUGACAGGGAACAUCCGGUGGUUGAGGUAAGGCUUCUUGGACCUGGGCUGCAGCCUGAUGUUGAACCGGUUGUUGCUGAUGUGGGAGUCUCAGGAGAGCAGGGUUCGAACAAAGGUCAAGGAUAUCCUCUGCUGGCUCUGGUGGUGGGGGUGCCCCGGGCAAUGCUGGAUACAUCGGAGCGGUGGCCGGCGUGUAAUUUGGGGGAGCAGCCAAUUUCUCCCGAACAGCUUUUAACUGCUGUUUUAAUUUUUCUUGAGAGUCUUUUAGACUUCUAGUUUGAGAUUCUGUCUGCCUUUUGGACAUUUCAUCAUACCAAUAAAAGUACAU